AUGAGCUACGUCGCCAAGGACAAGGAAGUUGAUGCCCCUGCCCCUGUGAAGCUGCACAAGAUCCGCAUUACGCUCACCUCGCGUAACGUGAAGAGCCUCGAGAAGAUGAGCAAUGACCUCGUCAACCGCUCGAAGGACAAGAAGCUCCACGUGAAGGGCCCUGUCCGUCUUCCUACGAAGGUCCUCUCCCACACCACCCGCAAGUCGCCUUGUGGUGAGGGUUCGAAGACCUGGGAUCACUACGAGAUGCGCAUCCACAAGCGCCUGGUCGACCUGCACUCGCCCAGCGAGAUUGUCAAGCAGAUCACUUCGACGGCCCUCGAGCCCGGUGUGGAUGUCGAGAUCACGAUCCUCUCGAACUAA